UCUGAUAACUCCAUUUAGUGUGAGGGAAUUUAUUGACAUGAAAUUUUAAUGUCAAGGCAUCUGCUUCCUAAUUUAAUAAAAAUGGCUUUAUUUUGGUGUUAUUUUGUCACAGCAGUAAUUCUCAUUGAAUGCGGUCCAGUAAAAGAAUACGUUAAGGAGAAUGAAGUUUACUAUGAUGUCGGUGACACGGAAUAUGCACACGAAUUGUUUCAAGCACUGAAAGAAGUAGAAGAUAUUAAAAAUUUUGAACCUGACGAGAAUUUUUCUAACGACAAAGAGAAGAACUACUUGGUCUCGCCCCAUGUUGUCUCUAACGAAGUCGCUGUAGAAGAGCCUAAUGUGAAUUUUACUGGUGGAAAAAAUGAUGGUGUGGAUCCGAAAAUUUCACAAGAAGCUCAAGAACUUAAUGAAGAGCAUAUAGAUAAAAGUAAGGAAGGAAGUAAAGAACGAAGUGACAGUGACAGCAGCUACUCUGAAGAAUAUAAAAAUAAAAUAACAAGGAUUACAAUGAACACACCUUUUGUCAACCCUUCGACGUAUGAGACGAUUGAUGAACAAAACAGUAGCGGUAGUGGAAGUGGAACCGAUGAAAAAAAUGAGGAAACUUCCAUUGAUGAUACAGAUUUAUACCUAAAGGUAAACAAACACUCCACCACAACUGCAACAUAUGAUACAUCUGGAGACGAUUUGAACAACAGAAUAGCUGAUAAUAUUGACGAAAAUCAUUUGAAAAAUCACGAAGCGAUAAUCGAUGGUACUAAUUUAUACACUACGGAACAAAUACUUUUGACAACCAUGGCAAAAGAUGUUGGGCUUAUAGAUGAAUCUAUCUCUGGUGGUGUUAGUACCUCUGAUCAUGUUGAUUUUCAUUCCGAUAAAUUAAAUAGCUAUGAUGAAUAUAUUUUUUUCGACGAUCUGUCCGAUGCCAUACUAACUCAAAAUCAGGAGUCAGGUAGUGGCUCCGACAAAUAUGACCGUGUCGAUAAUAGUUUCGAUGAAAAGAAGAAAAAUUUUCCGUAUACACCAGUCCCUGAAAUGGACAUAAUCCAUGAGGGUAGCGGGAGUGGUAGCGGUAGUGGCAGUGGAGACGGUUUCAGUGAAGAAAAUGUGGAUAUAUUCACGGAUGACGAAGACUUCUAUAUCAAAAUGACAAGAGGUUCAUCCUCUGUAAAUGAUACUGAUAUUAUUCAAAAUGGUAGUGGCAGCGGUUCUCAGGAAAUUGGUAGUGGUGACGAUGAUGGAAAUGAAGAAGGAAAAAAUUAUUUUGAUGCGAUGGACUAUGAACAAGGAGAAGAGGACUAUGAAGAAGAAGAAGAAGAGGACUAUGAACAAGGAGAAGAGGACUAUGAAGAAGAAGAAGAAGAAGAGGACUAUGAAGAAGAACAAGAAGAGGACUAUGAACAAGGAGAAGGGGACUAUGAACAAGGAGCAGAGGACUUUGAACAAGGAGAAGAGGACUAUGAACAAGAAGAAGAGGACAAUGAAGAAGGAGAAGAGGAGUUUGAGGAAGAGUACAACGACUAUGUAUAUUAUUAACAUUAUAUGUAACCUUAUCCCACUAAUGCUUAUAUUGUGUAUGAGACUGAUUUGCAUAAAUGUAUUAAAAAUGACCGUAAAUUCAGACAAGAGUGUAAGAA